AUGAAUGUUCAAACUUUGUCUAGCUGGGCGGCUAGUCCCGAGCUGGAACCAGCAAACGAUAUGCGUGUACCCACAACUCACUCAUACUCAGGACGAUCGAAUUCCGACAGCGAUCUAGACAAGAGCAGUUCGAAUAGCAGCCGAGGAGGGGCCAGCCCAAGGCUUGGAACCCCGGGCUCCUUCACGAGCUCUGCGCCAUCUGAGUUUGAGACAAGCAACUCUCCAGAGCCCAUUGCCAUUGUAGGCAUCGCGUGCCGCUUCGCGCAGGCGGAGAAUCCAUCAAAACUUUGGGACCUGGUUAGCGCCGGGCGGAGCGGCCACUCUCAGAUCCCCGAAAGGAGCUGGCGGCCCGAGGCGUGGUACCACCCGUCCAGGGAGCGCAGCGGUCAGCUGUGCACCACAUCGGGGCAUUUCAUCGAGGACGUGGGGACGUUUGACGCCCCCUUCUUUUCCAUUUCCGCCGAGGAGGCCGCGGCCAUGGACCCCAUGCAGCGGCUGGGCCUCGAGAUUGCAUACGAGGCUUUUGAGAAUGCCGGGAUGCCCAUGCACAGGCUCGCCAAGAGCGCCACGGCGGUGUACAGCGGAGUCAUGACGAACGACUACCAGGCGCUGGCCGAGGGCGACCCGUUCCGCCUGGGGACCAACUCUGCCGCCGGGACUGGCAAGUCGAUGCUGUCGAACCGGAUCUCGUGGUUCUUUGACCUCGAGGGCCCGAGCUUGACCCUCGACACGGCGUGCUCGUCCAGCUUGUAUGCCAUACACCUCGCCUGCCAGUCGCUGAGGACCGGCGAGUCGCGCCAGGCGCUGGUGACGGGACACAAUCUGAUCCUGCACCCAACCUUGUUCUCGCAGCUGUCGUCGAUGCACAUGGUCAGCACAGAAGGGGUGAGCAAAUCGUUUGAUGCUUCGGCAAAUGGCUACGGUCGGGGAGAGGGCAUCGCCGGGGUGGUGGUCAAAACUUUGUCCGCUGCGGUUGAGGACGGCGAUGUAAUCCGGGCCGUGAUACGCGGCACAGGUGUUGGUUCAGACGGUAAGACCCCGGGGAUUACAGUACCCAGCGGCGAUGCACAGGCUGCCUUGAUUUGCAAGGUUUACCGAGACGCUGGGCUAGAUAUGGCCUACACCAGUUACUUUGAAGCACAUGGUACCGGAACAUCAGUAGGGGAUCCGAUCGAGGCACGCGCAAUCAGUAAAACCAUUGGUGCUGCACGAAAGGCUCGCGGCCUUGGGCCGUUGUUUGUCGGGAGCGUCAAGCCCAACAUCGGCCACACCGAGGGCUGCGCAGGGCUGGCCGGUCUAAUCAAAGCGGUACUCUGCCUAGAGGCUGGCAUGAUACCCCCGAUCGGAGGCCUGGUCGACCUGAAUCCCAAACUCAAGGAGCACCAUGAAAGCGGUCAUCUCGAGUUCCCCACCCGCGGUUGCAGGCCGUGGCCCACCGAGGGCCUGAGGAGGGCCAGCGUCAACUCGUUCGGCUUCGGUGGCGCCAACGCCCACGCCGUGAUUGACGAUGCCAGGCAUUAUGCGGAGGCCAUGGGGAUUCGGGGCAUAAGACACAUCACCCGACGCCUCGGCAACCUGCAAGAGGUAGCAGCAAGCCGCGAGCCACAGUCGACAAGCGGCUGCGGUGGCCAAGACGACGGACCCUUGCUGUUUGUGCUUUCCUCCUCUGACCGAAAGGGUCUUGGGCGCAACGCCAAAAGUCUUGGGGGUUUUGUUAAAGAGAAAAAAUCCGUGGAUCAGAAGUCCUUGUCUUAUAUCCUCGCGCGCAAACGGACUAUGCACAGUUUCCGAUGUUUCGCCGUCGCCACCACCAAAGAUGACUUGGCGCACAAGCUUUUGGGCGGCACCACAAAUCAGAACCAGCAGCCCCAGCUGCCAGAAUUUCAUUCACCACACACUCGCCGACCUCUUGUGUUUUGCUUCACAGGUCAGGGUGCCCAGCGUCCGGGAAUGGCAGCUGAGCUUCUACAAGACAAUCGCUUCCCCGUGUUUACAGCCAGCAUAGCUUACAGCCAAGAGGUGCUGCAAUCUCUAGGCUGUGAGUGGGAUUUGGUUGAGCUUCUGACCAAGAACCGCGACGUCGAGUUCAUCAAUGACCCUCGACGAUCCCAGCCGGCCUGCACGGCGGUCCAGAUUGCCCUGGUCCACCUCCUCGCCCACUGGGGCGUCACACCAUCGGCGGUGAUAGGGCACUCCUCUGGCGAGAUAGUCGCCGCGCACGCCGCCGGCGCAGUGUCGCACAGGGAUGCGAUCAGGGUUGCCUACUACAGAGGUCUCCUCUCGGCGCAGGUGGUUUCCAGGCUAGAUGGCCGUCUAGGCUCGAUGCUCGCAGUUGGCCUGUCCGAGACGGAAACUCGCGCCUUUCUUGCCGAGCACGAUCCGGAGGGGGAACUCACGGUGGCCUGCAUAAACAGUCCCCGGAGCGUCACUUUGUCUGGCGAGGCGUCUGCCAUGUCGAGAAUCGAGCAGGCCCUGCGCGAGGCGGGACACUUUGCGCGUGGUCUCCGAACCGGAGGUGUCGCAUACCACUCGCCAUACAUGGACAAAGUGGGCGGGGACUUUGUGGAAGCUGUUGGCUCCUUUAACUCGACGGGUCCAAAAGAGGAACAUAUUUGUGGCUCCUUGAGCGUCCCCAUGUACUCCUCGGUGACCGAGGGUCCGAUUGUGGAUGCAGCAGUUCUAUCUUCGGCAGACUAUUGGCAUUUGAACAUGAAGUCGCCGGUACGGUUUGCAGGUGCGCUUCGCAACCUCCUCUUGAGCAAAAACGCCGACGGAUCCUCGGGCGGCUUUUCAAACAGCACAGUAUUAGAGAUUGGCCCGUCCAAGACACUCGCUGGCCCCAUAAGUCAAAUCAUGGCCGAUAUCACGACAACAUCAGCCAAGUCGUCCACUGCAGGGUCCGUUCAAUAUGUUUCCAUGCUUUCCGCAGACCAAGACUCCCGAAACUCGGUCCUCAACGCCGCAGGGACCCUUUGGGCGAUUGGGCAGCCGGUCGAUUUGCCAAAGGUGAAUGGCCUAGAACCAUCAGAGGUCAAGAACCUUAGACUAGAAGAAUUGCCACUUUUGCCAACGUAUGCCUGGGACCACCGCAAGACCUACUGGCACGAUACGUGCGGUUUCAAAGAGCUGGCGAAGCCGCGACAUGACCUUAUAGGCGUACCUAGACUACCCAGAAACCCAUUUCAGCCUCAAUGGCACAAUGUUCUCCGCAUAAGAGAUCUUCCAUGGCUUGCAGAUCACGCAGUGGAUGGACCGGCGCUGUUUCCGGCGGCAGGCUACCUUGCAAUGGCCAUUGAGGCUGUGCGGGCCCUAUCGGACGAGCGAGGCCUUCCACUUUGCGGCUUUGAACUGUCGAAUGUACAAUUCGAAAACGGCUUGAUGAUUGGGAGCAGUGGCGCUCAAAAGGACGGGAAUGAGGAUGGCCAGGCCGUCGCAAUAUCCCUCACUGCAGAGCCACAUGAGGAUAUGUCCUUUGUCUUUUCCGUGUUCGCAGCUUCAGACACUGCGGACGGGUGGCGCAGGCUGGCAACAGGAACAGUGCAAGGCGUUGUGGAUAGCAACCUCGAGUCAAUAGACUUUGAGCGAGCUGCACGAAGGGAAGAAUGGGUUUCUGCCAAGCUCCCGGAGCUGGAACGAAUUGCUGCAAUGGCCAAUGAAUCGAUCGAUGUCGCCGCAUUUUAUAGCCACUUGGCUUCCAUUGGUCUUGAAUACGGUCCCACUUUCAGAGGACUGCAGGAAAUCCGCUGCAGAAGGAGGAAUAAGACUGAACGGCAGGUCGAGGAUGAAGAGAGCUCUCGUGGUUUAGGCAGCGCCUUUGGGGAGCUUUUGGUACCCGAUACUCGCUCAACCAUGCCAUAUGCCUACGAACACAAGGCCGUAGUCCAUCCUGCGACUCUUGACGGCCUUUUUCAGCUAGUGUUUGCCGCUCUACAGUCCCUCUCGCAUCAAGGCAGCAUGGAACAUGCCGCCAUUCCCGUUUCGCUCCGCAGGGUCUUCAUCAGUACUUCCACCCCUCAGGCUGCUGGCUCGAGGCUUGUGGGAGUUGCGACUGCCAGGGAGCAGAACAAUCCAGAGGAUGAUGGUGAGGAGACAAACGCCGGCAAGACCAUCACAGGAAACCUGACCUUUGCCCAACAAGACAUGUCAGAACCCUCUGUGGUUGUCGACGACAUCAUCCUGCGGUUUCUUCCGCGUGCGGCGUUGGACCUUGAAAAGUUCAGGGAAGAAGCUGCCCGGCAGGCGGUGAGCGAGUUCCAGCGCACUGCCAAGAUGGUAUGGAAGCAAGACAUUGAUCAAUCAUUUGCUCAAUGGAAGCAAAACCUUGUCGUUGGAACAGACUCGGCAGACCGCCACUGCGCGAACCUGGUGGACUUGUUUACUCACAAGCGGGCACACGUCCGCGCCCUCUUUGUAGGCGCGUCGCCUCUGCGCGCGUCAUUGGAGCAAGGCAACCACCUUGCGGGCCUUGCCUCCUGCGUCUCCAUCAGCUCGUCGGUCAAAUGGCGAGAGCAGCUCGGGCGUGUCACAAAGCUGCAAGCAGAGGGUGGCAAGUUUGACCUCUUGGUGCACCAGUUGGAUGGUAUCAUGUCGGACGCAGACCUAUGUCAGCUUUCUGCCCUGGUCAAAGAGGCAUGUGCUCCCGAUGCGAUGGUUGUGCUUCUUGACCAGGGCAUUCAAGCAUCGCAAAUAUCUUGGGAGCAAUGGAAGUCGGACCUCGGAAAAGUCCCUGCACUCCGAGUCUUUCAUGUCUUAGGUGCCAACUGUAAUUCCGACCCUGCGCCUUCUACUGAUAGUGUUGAUGUGACAGAGCUCAGUGUGACCACUCAGGACUCCGGACACGCUUUCGGGAAAGUCUACCUCAUUGCAAGAGCUGAAAAGCUUGGAGGUACUACUUCCCAGCUCGUCGAGCUACUUUCUAGCCAGUUGUCACAUAUGGGGAUUGACUUCCUGUACAAGAGUCUAGCAGAAGCGGCGGCCGAUCCUGCCAAGCUCAAGGGCCAGACUCUAAUCUCGUUGCUCGAAGUUGAAGCACCACUGGUACAUAGUUGGUCACCAGAUGAGCUUGAUGCGUGCCGCAGAAUUGUUGGCUCCGGAGCGUCCUAUAUGCUUUGGGUGGCAGUCGCUGAUCUCCUUAACCCAUACUCAGAGAUCAGUCUCGAAUAUUCGCCAACGGUUGGGUUCUUGAGGAGUAUACGGGCCGAGUACCCAAGCAUGUCGCUGCCUUAUUUGGACUUAAGUCCUGAGACCCUCUCACAAAAGCUUGAGCAUGCUGCAGUGGUCAUUUUGGAAACGCUGAGGCUGUCGGCUACACGCUGGUCUGGUGAAAAAGCACCCGAGUCUGAAUUCGCAGAGAAGGAUGGUCGGCUUCUCAUUCCAAGAAUCAUUGCCGCUCCCGAUGCCGACAUGUAUCUUGCCACCGAGAAGUCACAAGAUCAGACCGGGCCGAUGGUUCAUCUUCAUCCCGCCAUCGAUCAACCAUGGGAAAGCCUGACAAAUGAUGAUGGAAGUAAUGAAGGUCCCCAUCUAUGGCUGAGAGAUCUUGGCGGUGGUGGCAAAGACGCACGUUGGGUCUUGCAACCAAGCACAGAUGCAGUUGUCGGUAGCAGUACGUCCUCCACUGUUCAAAUAAGGACGACCCAUGCCGCAAUUAAAGGGACCGCUAAAUCAAACAGCAGCAGUGGGGAUCACUCCCUCAUUAUUGCGGAACAAACAAUCGGCAUAGUUGAAAGCCUGACAACCCAAGAUUCACCAUCGGCACACUCAGAUAUCGCGGAAGGAGACCUUGUACUGAUCACCACCCCGGGUCCAGUACGACACGUUUCAACUUACAACAUUCGCCACGGCUUGAUACGGUUGCCCAAAGAUACGAUCGGCAAGUCGCUGGCCCCAGCCGCGUUUUGGCUCGGCCCGUUGGCCGUUGCCUUUUAUAUUCUCUCUGGAAUGGCCAGACUGUCGGAGACACGGGAACCGUCAGUCAUCAUUGAUGUUGCAGGAAAUACCGUCCUGCUGCACUCUUUAGUCCAGGCUUCCAAAGCGCUUGGUGCUUGCAAGGUCUUUGUAAUCCAAGACGGCGAGAUCUCCUUGGAUUUCAAAUCGGCCAUCGACAUCGACCGAAAGGUCGUCGUCGUUCCCCGCAUGAACCGGCAAACAGCCAGACUACUAUGUGCAUCAACGGGAGGGGCGACGGUUGUCGUCUCCAACAUGCUACGAGAUCGUCCCCACCGGCUGCAAAGACUCGCCGAGACUAUUUCCGAAGAGGGCUGUAUCGUGGGUCUAGACUCAAGCCCGAACGGUGACGCAACGCCUUCUGGUUUUGACUCCAAAGUCCGCAGCGUUCUCCUUCGGGAUCUCUACCGGGACUCCAAAAAGCACCGUCGUGGUCUAGAUGAUGCCAUGGCGGCUGUUCUUCGCUGCCUCCAGCUUGGUAAAAUUCACCUAUCAGAUCCCCUGGAGACGGUUUCAGCCAGCAACACUCGUCGGCUUGCCGAACUGUACACGUCGGUGUCAAGUAAAAAUAAAAGAAGAGUGCUAGAGUUCCUUCCGAGCGAGAGUGUCAGCGUCUAUUGCCAUGUUCGGAAGCAAACUGGAACCGCCUUGGACUCUAACGGAACGUACAUCAUCUCUGGAGGCCUCGGUGCAAUUGGCCUCCGGCUUGCGUCCAUGUUACGGGAAUUGGGCGCACGCCAUCUCGUACUCCUCUCCCGGUUUGGCCAGUCCAAGAUGACCCUGGAGGCGUCCACUGAAAUAUCCAAACUCCAACAGAGCGGAUGCCACGUAGACGUUCUAGCAUGCGACAUCACCUCGGAAGGCGAUAUGAAGGAGCUCGGAGAAGGUCUGAAACUGUCCGGCUCGCGGAUAAAAGGCAUCAUACAGUCGGCAAUGGUUCUUAACGACACGACGUUUGAAAACAUGAACCACGCGCAGUGGGAGGCGACCACGGCGCCCAAGAUCCGCGGCAGCUGGAAUUUGCACAAGCUAGCCGUCACCGCAUCCGAGGAUCUGGACUUUUUCAUCCUGCUCUCUUCCGUGUCGGGCGUCAUCGGUAACACGGCCCAGGCCAAUUACUGCGCCGGAAACACCUUUGAGGACUCGCUGGCCCACCACCGCCGCGCCCGUGGUCUCACUGCCACCAGCCUCAACCUAGGCCUGGUCUCGGAUUCUGGCCACUACGGGCGUGGAACGAUGGCGGCCUUUGGUGAUGUGCACGAGUACCUGGCCAUGUUUGGGCACCUCUCGCCCGUGGUUGUGAGCAUGGCUGAAACGCUGGCCAGCGUCAAGAUGGUGAUUGACGGCACCUUUUCGCCACAAACACUGCCGCCUCAGUUGAUUGUCGGGCUUUCGUCGCGGGUCCCCCGUGCAGGGGCCCUUUUGAGUAAUUGGCCGUUGGAUCGCAAGUUUGAUCAUCGUACCACGCCGCCCUGGCUGGAGGAGGAGGCUUUGAAGGAUGGAGCUUCGGCUCAGGGUGCAAGCAAAGGCAAAGAGUCUGGAUCAAUCUCGGAGACUUUGGGGUCGGCUAAAGAUUUGAACCAGGCCGUCUUGGUUAUCCAGCAAAGUCUCAAAGCGAAAAUAGCGCAGAUUAUAGGUGUCGAAGUCGAUAGCAUCGACGAAGAGAAAGACCUGUCAGCGUAUGGGAGCAACCUCGAUGCGAAACUGGGUGGUUCAAAACUUUAA